AGUCCCAAGGCGCCACAGUAUAUCUUCUGGUACCACAAUUCCCGCAUGAUCAACUACGACAAGGACAGGUCGACGGUGCACAUUGAUACGGGUCCGCGCGUCAGGUCAAGGCUCACGGUGAACAAUGCCAGGUCGUCGGACUCGGGGAACUACACGUGUGCAGCUGCCAACACGGACCCGGCCUCCAUCACGGUGUAUAUAACGGAAGCUAACAAGAUAGCAGCCAUCCAGCCCCGCGCUGUCGACGGCGCCAACUCCCUCAGCGGAUGUAUGGCCCUGAUGACGGCUCUCCUAUUCCUGUGCCACGCCCUUGCAGCCUACUGAGCCCUGCUACCCUGCUCCCUGCCCUUCUAAAUCUGCUGUCACGCCCGCGAGGCUCACGGGCGGUACCAAACAUGCUGCUGUGCUCGCUGCGUUUCCUCGCAAGAGGCGGGGCGCCGCUCCCCGCGACGGGCGGGCUCGAGUCGCUUCGCCGCCCCGUCGUCGGCCGGCGGUGACCUCGCUGAACACGGUGGAGCGUUUCUCCGUCACUGACCUUUUUGUGGCUUUACAAGCAGACUGAAAGACUGUCGCCUCUCGGAAGAUCAAAGCAGCGCUGCGGCGAUGUGUGCCGCCGCCAGAGAUGGAGAAGGGAGCAUCGGCUGACUGUGUCUUCCUUUCGAGUGGAAGGAAUCGCCGCUUUGGGCAUCGCACGGAGGAUGUCCCAGCUCAGUGACUUACAGAGAAUCCGAGAACUCAAAGUGUAACCAUUUUCAGUGCGAUUUGUCGAGCGAGACACUCUUUUGAUAGCCUGUGUGGAUGCUCCUUCAGGCAUGUGGUGACUAUUAUUUUCUUUUUUUAGGUCUAUGUAUAAGGAGACUUAUUGACAAGCCCAGUUUGAGUGACGAACUAAGCCAUUGAGAGCUGUCUAGAAAUGCAGAUAUAUUCCUUCAAACUACUGAGAGCCUUUCACCUUACGUUACAAAUUCAAAAAGUAAAAAGAAAAAGUAAUAUUUCGAUCAGAGUAUGAAGAAAAACAAAAAGCAAAGCAUAAGCAGUCGAACUGACUUACACACCUGCCAGGCACUUUGCAUAGCAGUGUGCUUGGUGUGUAAUCAUACAUCUUCAUAUACAUGUCUCUUUGCAGCCGCGUAGAAUCGCCACACAGUGGAGGUUAAGUGAACGUUAAGGCAGGCAAGUUUCGCGACAGACCAGUGCCGCCGCAGCUGCAGGCUCGGGGGAGAACAAGGAUAGGACAACCUGCUUUCUUUGUUAGAUCUGAAUGUGCUUUUGUCCGUAAAAUCCUCGGCAGCAAAACUAUAUCAAAGGACCGUCCCGGUGAGAAGAGAAAUGUGUAACAAGACUGUCAGAGUAUGUGUAUAUCCUUGCAAAAACGUUUCUGGUACGUCAGACUCUCUGCAAUAUGCUAUAGAGAUAUUUUGUCCUAACAACUGAUAGAAUAUUCAGAAUAUUGUUUAUGUGUCCAUAAACAUAAUUAUGGAUGUAAACAUCACACACACACACACACACACACACACACACACACACACACACACACACACACACACACACACACACACACACACACACACACACACACACACACACACACACAACACACACACAUAAACACACACACACGCGCGCAUGCAUGGGUGCAGACACACAGUCGGUCAGACAGCCAGUUAGUCAAAAUAUUAACAAACAGACGAGCAAACAGACUGGUAAGCUGACUAAAAACAACAACAACAACAACAAAAACAAACAUACAAGCAGUAAAAGAAACAAACAGCUAACAUGUAUGUCUUCUAGCGGGUGAAGAUAGGCAGUCUGACAAACUUUAAGAUAGCCAGAAAUAGACAGAAAGAAAAUAGACAUUCAGACGGAGAUAAAAGGAAGACCACCCUUGCAAUUGCACGUUAAAACGCAUGCAACUUGAUCCAAGGACACUACAGCGUGGCCCACGGACGUCUCGCUCGUUUUAGAGUGGUGAAAGGAAGGAAUUUUGAAGAAGUGGAAAAUGAAGACAAACAAACAAACAAAAACAGUGAUGUUAAGUUCUCGAUAUAGAUGUUUGUGUUGGUGUAUGUGUGUGCUAGAUAUGCAUGCCAGAAAGCCUACAGUUUUACUCAUUUACUGAAAAGUUUAUACAAACUGUGUAGAAAGUAUAUAUAUAUACUGUAUAUAUAUAACAAAAACAGGAAUGGCAGAAAAAGAGAAGAAAAUUAAAUAUAUAUACAUAUAAAGAGAAAAGAAAAUGCUCACAGGACUUCCACAUUCUAACUGAUAAGAUAAAAAAGUUAGAAAAAAAUAAAAAUAAAAAGGAUAAUGUUCUCGGAUACACGCUCAAAAUAAAAAGCAGAGGAAGGUUAUUUUCUCACGCGGUCAGCUGUGGCAAGAGACGGGUCUUUCAGAGUGGGAGAGAGAGAGAGCCUCAUUUAGUCAGCUCAAUAUAUAAAGGAGGAAAAAAAAUAUUUUAAUUAUGAGACCCCUGACUAUCUGUAAAUGUUAUCUAGUGUAACUCUUAUUUAUCUCUUGUUUGUUAUACAUGUGGUCGGUGUACAGGGCGAUAUGUUGGUUAAAUUGAUUAGCCAUGUUUUAAUAAAAUAAAAUAAAAAAAACAUGUGUGGAAUAUUUUUGGAAAAUAAACAUCCGCUGCACUAUUGUAGA